AUGAGUGCUAUUCUUUCUGCAGACGAUCUCAACGACUUUAUUUCGCCAGGUCUAGCGUGCAUUCAGCCCGUGGAAAAACUUCCGCCCAUUAAAGAGGGCAAAGCAAAGCCCCCAGGAUCCGAGCUAGGAGAGGCGGAGGAUCCGGAAGUUUCGAUCGAAAGCGACCAUAGCACAUUGAAGCAAGCCCAGAUUUCGCUUGCAGACUGUUUGGCGUGUUCUGGAUGUAUCACUUCGGCAGAGGAAGUGUUGGUGGCCCAGCAUUCGCACGAACAGCUUCGAUCUGUUUUGAAAAAGAAUGAACACAUUUUUGUCGCCAGCAUAUCACAUCAAACCCGGGCGUCGUUGGCGCAUGCGUACGGAAGGCCAGUUUCCGACAUGGAUAAACUAAUAGUGGCUUUUUUCCGGCGCUUGGGGUUCAAAUACGUUGUGGGUACAGCGGUUGGACGAAAACUCUCCAUGGUUCAAGAAGCACAACGCAUUUUGCGUGAGAAAGACACAAAUUCGCUCAAGGGUCCGGUUCUUUCAUCUGUCUGUCCUGGAUGGGUCCUCUACGCAGAGAAAACUCAUCCUCAUGUGCUUCCAUACAUGUCUCCGGUCAAAUCACCACAGCAAAUCACUGGAUGUAUCCUCAAAACGUUAUCGGCAGAAGAAUUGGCUGUGCCAAGGGAGAAAAUCUACCAUGUUGCUGUGAUGCCUUGCUUUGACAAGAAACUUGAGGCAGCAAGACCUGAAGCUGAUGAGUCUCUUCUGGGCCCGGACGUUGACUGUGUAAUUACGGCGAAAGAGCUCGUUUCACUUGCCGAAGCCAUGGGUCAUCUGAUUGUGGAAAUAUCGGAAUCCGAUGACAAAAAAAAUCUGAAGUUGAAGUCCGAGCAAGGUGAUAUGGUCGAUUGUAAUUCAAAAGAUGACCCUAGCUCUCUUUUCAGGCUGUGCGCCCCCUCUCGCUUUCCCUUUGCGGAAUUAAGUUGGGCCAACGAUCUGGGAUCAGAGUCCGGCGGUUGGGCACAUAACUACUUGCGUUUGGCUCAACAGCACUUUAUUUCCAAGAACCCAGACACUUAUCAGGCCGCAGAUUUUUCGAUUGCUUGUGUGGGCGGACGUAAUUCUGAUGUUUAUGAGUGGCGCCUUACUCAUGGUGGAUCUACAUUAGCAUCCGCUGCGGUGGUGAACGGUUUUCGCAAUAUCCAAAACUUGGUUCGCCGUCUCAAAACCUCCAAGACUCCGCUUGUCCGGCGGCGCAGAAAGAGAACCGAAGCUGAGGAGUCCGCUGAAGAGUCGGCGGAUCCGGCUCGCUGCGACUAUGUGGAAAUCAUGGCCUGUCCAGGAGGAUGUAUUAAUGGCGGAGGUCAAAUCUCAGCUCCUCAACCGACCCAGGAAAAAGAAUGGUUGACUGAAGUUCGGGCCGCUUAUGCUGACAUAAACACGGUCGAUUUAGUGUCGACGCCAGAGUUGAUCCAGCGUCUUGUUGAUGCCAGCAAGAAAUUUGAACAAGAUGUUUCGCCCCAGCGUCUUUUCCAGACCCAGUUCCAUGAAGUCGAAAAACCAACAGACCCCAAUGCUGUAUUGCUUGGUGCUAAGUGGUAG